CUCUGGAGAUGGUACUGCUUCUAAUGGAAUUGCUAUUUACUUCAAGAAUAACAUGCUAGUGUUCGUUGUUUCUGCCGAUGGAGAGACCAUGUCAAUUCAAGCAACUAUAUCGGAAGAGGCGUUUCCAACUGGAAGAUGGAACAAUGUAGCAUGCACAUGGUCAGAAUUUGAUGGGAUGGCGAUUUAUUUCAAUGGCAUUGUGUCUCCAGUUACCAACGACACACAGUCUUUACCUGUUACAACCGGCGUGAGAGUGGCGUCUACUGAUGACUCAGGAUAUUUAUCGGGAUCGUUUAAGAUUCACAAUCUUGCUUACUGGGACUAUUAUGUUUUCUCUCGGAAAGUUAAACAAUUUUUAGGAAUGUCAGACUUUCAACUUGACUGCUACUACAAUAAAGAUUAUUGCUGGGUGUUUGAUUCCGGCUUAUCUAUCGUCCAUCAAUUUAAAAUGAGUCCAUCCGGAAGUGAGUUCGUCGGUGAUUCGACCAUGGAAGGACGGGCUGUGAAAACAAAUGGAGUAGAUGGUUGGGUAUCACUUGGUAAUGGAUUCGGCAACAAUUGUCCAUCUGAUCCUUCAACAUGCAGUGGUGGAUUUGCUCUUACAAUGUGGCUAAAGCUAAAUUCUGUCGCUGAAGGGAGAUGGUUUAAUACUCGCACCGAUGGUCUCGGGUAUCUACUAAGUCUUGGAGCAGAAACUCCAGGUGAACGUGGCAUAUGCGUGAAACAAUCUAGAGAUGGAAUCUCUAUUGAGGUUGCGGAUGGAUCAAGGCUCUGGAAGGUAGAUGUACCAAAAGAAAAGUACGCAUAUGGCGCGUGGUUCCAGCUAGCAAUGACUUGGUCCACAUCUGAUGGCCUGGAUGUGGUCAUUGGAGAAAGUAUAGUUGGUUCUCAGGCAAACGGUGAUGUUGAUGUUCGACCAAAUAAUCACAACACAACAAUUGUUCUUGGUAAAUCUAAUGGCUAUGACUCGGGUUACGUGUCAGCAGAAUACGACGACGUAAUUAUUUUGAUACCAGUGGUGAUUGAAAGUUUGCCAGAUGCAGAGAGCCUCACAGACCUUGGAGAAGUAACAGCAUAUGCUACGGCGGAUGAAUACUUCGAUUUGCCAUCGCAUUUGGAAACACCGAUUCCUGGUGUGACGUUUUAUUACACCAGCACAACUGACGACAGAGAUGGAAAUGCUGACGGUGCUAUAGACACACCUAAACCGUCACCAGACGAAUCUUUCGGCUAUAUCAAAUUAGGUCGAUAUCAUAAGAAAUGCAUGAGCGAUCCUGGCAAGUGCUCUCCAGCGGGAGUGACAUUUUCUGUGUUUGUCAAAUUUGGUUCCAUUGACCAUUUUCAAGAUGCCAGCACAAAUCCAGAAGGCCUAGGAUAUAUUAUGAGCUCGGGUGGUCAGCAAUUAAACCGCCGUGGCUUCGCAAUCUCCUAUGACGGUAUCAAUAUCACUGUUGUUGCGCAGACGGUAAAUAAACGCUGGAAAACCACUUAUCCUAUGACGUAUUCUCAAUCGUGGUUUAACGUUGCGUUCUCAUGGAGCGAAACGUCAGGGUUGACUUUAUACAUAGACGGCAUACAAAAAGCCACAACUUCAACAGGUCUCACCACUUCAAUAUCUCAUGACAUUGCCACAAUGAUGUAUUUGGGUAAACGGAAUGACCAAGCCAAAGGAUACCUUGGGGCUGCCUUCGAUGACCCGGCGAUAUGGUACCAUGCUUUCGAUGCAGACGAUGGGGGGUUGAUGGGAGAGGAUCCCGAUGCGAUUGAUGUGACGUCGAAUCAUGAUGAAUUGGACGAGUUGGCACCAUUUACAGGAAAGCCAGGGUGUAAGGUUACUCAUGAUGCUGACUGUUCACGUGAUGUGGUCGAACUGCUGACAAUCAUGGAAGAAGAAGGCAUCGACGACGUGUUGCUAGCAAGUGCGGAACAACGACUGGAAAAAUUGGCUGUACCGUCAAAUCAUCUGACUAGUGAGGACUUAGGAGCGUCUGUAGGGGUCUUUGACGUACUGAUUGAGCAGCCUAUACCCAUGGGUAUUAACGAAUCGUAUGGAAUUAGUGAGGUUGACAAUUUUGUCAAAAUAUGUAGCGAUCUACUUGAUUCUGGUCGUAGUAACGAAUGGCAUGAGUUGCAACUAACGCAUCCAGGGUCUCCAUCGUUAUUGGAAGAUUUGGAAAAUUAUGCCAUGACGAUGUCCAAGAAUCUCCGCAAGGAUGAUGAGGAUUUUGGUUACGUUUUGCCAUCAACAAAUAUUAUUCUUCAAAGCAACUCGUUUCCAGUCUCCUCAUACGGUGAAAAUACACUAACUUUCCCUAAUUACUCUGACCCACGUUGGACAAAUACUAUCGAAAAUUGGAACCUUACUAUGGACUCCAUCACCAUACCGAAGAAUGUAUUCAAGUAUACAGAUCCAGAAGUGACAGUUUCCACAAUGGUGUUUGUUAUUUAUGACUCGUUACCAGACCAUAUGCCACCAAGGGCGUCAAGUAAAUAUUUUACAAGAAUUGAAGGUCGUCAGGUUCGAGUCAACAGCAGAGUUGUGUCGUUUACAAUGGAACCAAAGCUUCGUCGUUCCCUUCACAACCCUGUAGAAAUUGUACUUCAACAUUUAACGUCUAUAAACGAUACAAUUGAAAAACCUAAAUGUGCGUACUGGCAAUAUGACGAAUUGAAUGAAACAAACAGCAAGUGGGCAACAGACGGUUGUUGGAUAGGUUACCAUAACGACGAGUUUACUAAGUGCUUUUGCAACCAUUUGACAAGUUUUGCUGUUGUAAUGGAUCCGUAUGAAGAGGAGGAAUCUACUAUCCAUGAUUUUUUGCUGCCGUUAAUUAUUAAAGCUGGAUGCGGUCUUUCUAUGAUUGUUUUACUCAUCAUAACAGUGUUCCUGCUUCUUACCAAGCGAUUGAGAACCAGACGACAUACCAUUCACGUAAAUUUAUUCAUCGCUGGAUUACUGAUGUCUGUGUGUUUUUUUGUUACUGCUUUUAUUGACAAAGAGGACGAGGCUGCUUGUAAGACCACGAGUGUGCUGUUACACUUUUUCUUUUUGGCAAUCUUAUGUUGGAUUGCAGUCGAGUCUGGGCAUCUUCUUCUUGAUGUCACUCAUGGUCUUCUACAAAAGAGCGACAAAGUUGGGGAGCUGUUCUGCUCGGAACAUAUGAAAUACUAUAAUAUCGUUGGCUGGGGUAUACCGUUUAUGCUCGUUGCGAUUGCUAUUGCGACUGAUGUUGAUGCUUACCAACUCCAAGAUGGCGACUUCUGUUGGUUAAACAUCAAUCAGGGCUUGACUGCAACCUUUAUUGCACCAUGGAUUAUCAUAAAUAUUCUGUGCUGGUUUGCAUUGUUUACAGUCUACAGAAGAACUGAUGAAAAUGUACGUCGAGAAGAUACAACGACAGGGUUUGUUGCUGGUUGGAAAGCGUCAUCGAUACUCCUUAUUGUAUACGACGUCAUGUGGUUGUUUGGAAACCUAUCGAUCUAUGAUUACGGAAUACUCCUGACAUACGUUUUCUACUUCCUCGCUUCAUUUUAUGGUUGUAUCAUGUACUAUUGUCACAGUAACUGGAAUAGAGAGCUAAAAGCAGUUAUAUGCUUUGAGAAUCCUGAUUUCGAGCUUACACUUAUCCGCCGGAUCUACCUGAAACCAGAGCCUGUAAAGAAACCAACACUUGUUUACCAUGCUUGAAUGUCUUGUUCUCAAGUUUGUAAGUUGAGAUGAGAAAACCGAAGAUGAAAAGUGAAGUAUUCAACUUUGGUCAUGUAUCAAUGGCAUACAUUUUCAAAACAGAUAGAUAUCGUUAUCAACUUAAAUUGUAGAUGUGAAAAAAUUUCCAUCAUUUAAGUACCCUGUAUCAGUAACAUACUUGUCUAAACAGGCUUGUCCACUGAUAUGUUAUAGUUUGAUUUUAUGUAACGCUAUUUUUCGAAUUAAUACAGUGUUAUGCAGUAGGUAUCUUUGACAGAUUAAAAUGAUAUUAUACAAAAAUAGUGAUAUAAUAAUAGAGAUUUGUGUAUAUUAAUCUAUACGGUAAAUUUUAUUUAUGACAUUUACCGUAUAUAUUAAUCUAAAGGUAAAUGUUAUUUAUGACAUUUACCUUGUACCUGUAUAUUAAUCUAUACGGUAAAUGUUAUUUAUGAAAUUUACCUUAUAUAUUAAUCUAUACGGUAAAUGUUAUAAAUUAAAAUAUCACUUUCCACAUGAAUUGUUUGUUUAAUAGUACGACUAGUGGUGUUGUAUUCACGCAAUGCUAUGCUACAAAUUAUAGGCAUGUCUAUGAAAAAUACUAUGAAGUAUUUUCAAAGAGUGUUAAAAUGGUAGUAGUAUUGCUAAAAUUUAUAUUGUUUAUUCACUACAUAUUAAUUAGUAUAUUUUGUGAAUACUUACCUGGAGAAAUUAAUCAGUUUAUCCAGAUAAAAUGGUAUGUGUCUAAUAAGUGACGAUAUAAUUAGCAGUUGAAAAGCCCAAUUAUAUUUAAAGUUAUACAUACUCUGAAUUGCACAGUGAUAAUAUCAAUCAAUGCAAACUUAAGUAAGAAUUAUUAAAGAUAAAGACCAUUACUAUAAUACAAACCUAUAUUUUUUAUUAUUGAGUUGUCUUACUUAACAUUAAAAGUUGCUCAUAGCGUUUCCUUUCUCAUUGAUUUGAAUAAUAUAUAACAAAGUUGUUGUAGGAAGAAGUUUACCAUUAAGGUACGAUAAAGAAUAACAGUUGUUUAUAGAUUUAGAAUUGAUCUAAGUUGUAUCAAGUAUAUUUAAGAAUCUUAGUAUACCCAAGAAAGUUGUAUAAAUACCGCCUUGCUAUGUAAAAUGAUGUAAUAUUUUCAGAAUAAAAAUAUUCUAAACUGCAAAUGUUUACUAUCGUCCAUGUACUGUAAUAAUAAGAAUUUCUAUAACAAUGACGUUUAUUAUAUAUAUAUAUAUAUACUGAUUAAAUUUAGAAAACAUGAAGAGGAAUCCACGUGUGUUCAUAUGGAUAAUAAAGAAGAAAGAAAAACAGGAA